GUCAACUAUUACCACACCUACUUUCUUUUCAAUUAUGGCUUCCAGUUUGGAGGAGGAGAGUGUGAGUGGUCCUGAAAUGGCUUCCACUGAAGAGGAGGAGAAUGUAUUGAGCAUUGGACUGUUAGGAGUCCUAGGACCAGCAGUGAAACAAAUUGAUACUAAAGUGGGACAAGUGAGAGACAGCCAAAAUGAAUUGAAAGGGCAAAUUGAUAAGCUUGCUCAAGAAUUACGUCAAUUAUCUGACAAGCAGAGAGUUCCUAUUGAUUUAGAUACUUAUAUUAAGAAACUCGCCAUUUCAAAGAGGAGGAUACUACUAGUGAAUGACAUACUACAGAAUGUUCAUGAGAGAAUGGAUAAACUGCAGAAGAACAUUACAAAAGAGACACUGCGACAGAGAUCCGCCAUUGAAGCUUGUCAAUAAUUAAUGAAUGACUCCUGGUGUGUGUGUGUGUACUAGUAAUAGUGUGUGUGAGUGAUAAAUAUUUAAUAAUGUUACAAUUAUUAGACAGUCUGAACAGCUGGUUCUCACUGCUAGUG